AUGAAAGGAUUUCUUGUCUUUUUAUGCAGUAUUAGUGCAGCCAUUGCAGCUCCACAAUAUAAUUACAAUGCACCAAGCGGAGGAGUUGGUGGAGGCAGUUUUGGUGGUGGACAUUUAGGAGGCGGUGGUAUUGGUGGUGGUCACAUUGGAGGAGGAGGCAUUGGUGGUGGACAUAUCGGUGGUGGAGGUCAUUUUGGUGGUGGUAACAUUGGUGGAGGUAGCAUUGGUGGCGGAUCAAUUGGAUCUAGUGGAUUUGGUGGAAAUAUUGGUGGUGGUAGCAUUGGCGGAGGGUCUUUCGGAGGUGGUCAUGGUGGAUUUGGUGGUGGAAGCAUUGGCGGAGGAUCUUUCGGAGGUGGUCACGGUGGAAUCUCACAUGGUGGCGGUGCUGCUGGUGGCCAACAAACAAUUGUUACAAAACAAUUCUUUAUUCAUUCAGCACCCGAAGAACAAGAUGAAGUCGGUGGCGAUAAAGUUAUUAACUUAGGUCCAGGACGUAAACAUUAUCGUGUUGUGUUUAUUAAAGCACCACAUCAAGGCGCACAAGCUGGUAAAGUAAGAUUUAUUGCACCAGCCAAUGAAGAAAAGACUGUCAUUUAUGUCUUGAGCAAGAAGACUGAUUUAGCUGAUAUUCAAGCUGAUGUACAACAAGCUCAUUCAGAACCAAGUAAACCUGAUGUGUUCUUCAUUAAAUAUAAAACCGCUGAAGAAGCAGCUCACGCUCAAAGACAAAUUCAAACUCAGUACGAUCAGUUGGGUGGUACUUCACAAGUUUCAGAUGAAGGUGUUGCCCCAGUUCAAUCAGUCAUUGGUGCUUUGGGAAAUACUGGAGGUGCUGGAGUUGGAGGACAAGGAGGUGGUUUCUCGACAGGAAGUGGUGUAUCUGGAAUCGGAGGAUCAUUUGGUUCAACUGGUGGCGGUCAUAUUGGUGGAGGAUCAAUUGGCGGUGGUCAUAUCGGUGGUGGUCAUAUCGGUGGCGGUAGUAUUAGUGGUGGUGGUGCUUCAUAUUUACCUCCAAGGCACUAA